CAAGACGCGCGAUGGUCACCGUCAGUGCAGAUAGUCACCACCGCUUCAAAAUGAGGGUGCUCACUGCUACGAUUUGGGUGGUGUUGGCCAUCGCAGCGUCGGUAGCCGUACCGAUCCAGGACGUGUCAAGCGACACCGAGUUAACGAGGGAAAAACGCUCUCCUGGAGGAUGGCACUCGCCACCGCCGGAAGGUGUUUGGAAGAAGAAACUCGUGUGGAAGGAAGAGUGGAAGCAGAUCUGGAAAACCGAAAAAAAACUCGCCUGGAAAUCUGAGUGGAAGAAAGAAAAAGUACCCGCCUGGAAAACUGAACAGGUACAACAGUGGAAAGAAGAACAGGUGCCAGCCUGGAAGGUAGUACAGAAACCUAUUUGGAAAGAAGUGCAAGUGCCGGUGUGGAAAGAAGUUCAAGUGCCUGAUUGGAAGAAAGUCUGGAAACCGGUAUGGAAAGAAAUACAAGUUCCGGUAACGAAAGACAUUCAGGUGCCAGAAUGGAAACAGAACUUUAUACCUGCUUGGGUCAAAGAGGGUGUGCCCGGUGAGAAAUAUCUAGGCAAAGAUGAUCACGGCUGGGAAUAUACCAGUCACGAUCUAUGGAGAAAAAAAAUGAUCUGGAAACCGGUAUGGAAGAAAGUUUGGAAGACCGUGCAGAAGCAAGAGUGGGUCACCGAGAAGAAAUUGGAAUGGAAAGAAGAAUGGAAACAAAUCUGGAAAACUGAAAAGAAACAGGCUUGGGUAACCGAGAAAAAACAGGAAUGGGUAGACGAGAAGGUGCAAAUUUGGAAAACCGUUAAGAAAGAAGUCUGGGUGCCGGUACAGAAGAAAAUAUGGGUUGAGAAAUGGAAGCAAAUUCAAGUACCGAUCUGGAAGACCAUAGAAGUGCCCGCAUGGAAAAAGGUAUGGAAGCCGGUUUGGGAGAAGGUUUGGGUACCGAUUCAUCAUGAGCACCACGAACAUCACGGAUGGGAUUGAGUUCGCAGGAUCCACAUUGCUUGUAUAUAUAGUUAAUACAUCAUAGUCAUAUGUUUAAUACAGGAUAUUCUGGAGAGUGGUUAUUUAGGUAAGUUUAGAUGGAUUUUCUUUUGGGCGUACGCGAAGGUGAAUAUUUUUCUGGCUAUUAGCGAGUGUACAUAAUUUUCUAUUGCUGUAGCGAAAUAUGUUUGGCUUUUCGUACGCCUUAGAAGUGAUCUAUCAAACCGUUUUAGUUCUUUCCGGCUCAAUUUUUUCAUCCUCAAAUCAUUAUCGAUAACUGUUAUAGUUAACGUGUAUGAUUUGAUGAUUUGACCAGUAGUGUGUUCAAAAUUCUUUGGAGAAAAAUAUAGUUUUCUGGGUAACAUUUUUGUUUUAGAAAAUGUCACUGAAAUUGACAAUCAACAGGUUUUUUUUUGGAGUCAGACAGAGGCUAUUCUGGUUUUCGUUAUAGUCACAAAGCAGAGUCAUAAGGUCUAAUGUGCGAUUUUGUUGCAAGAAAAAAAUAACUUUAUUUAUUUAAAUAAAGUCUAAUUUUACCAACUAAUCUUCAUUCGAUCUUGUGGCUAGGACAAAUAUUAAUAAGAUUUUUUUGUUUCGUUGUGUUGUUAUCUAUUUAAGAUUAUUUACUGACAAAAUGUUCGAUACAAGCAUUCGUUAUUCUCAGAAACAAUUUUUUUUUAAAAAGAAACGUUA